UACAGGCCUUUAAACAAUGCCUUCAAAACUUGCCAUUCGACUAGCAAAGAGAGAGAAAGAGAGAGAGAGAGAGAGGGUGGGGAUGAACGAUGGGAGGAUGGGAGGGAGAGUGUCAGGUUGCCCCAUCUGUUGUUUCUAGGUCGCGUCGUGACGGACGCGGACCAUGAGCAAAAACCAAGCAAAAAGGCAAUGGCGGCUACCCGUAGGACAGCCAGCGAGCUCGGCUACGUGAAAAAUCUCGGAAAGAUGUAAUCUACCCGUCGCGAUCGACGGGCGUAAAUUCGAGCAAAUCUAAGCGUUAGAUUCCCACAGUUUUUUCUCGCUUGAAAAGGACCAAAACCCAUGGUCGAAGCGUAGCGAGUUUGGAACAUUAAAAUAGCCAGAUACGGUCAAAAAAAAACUUGAAGUCGUAUUUCUUGACUUGGAUUAUCUUGGAUUAAUAACAUCCGCUAUGUGGAUGACACAGUGCUGAUCUCCGACAGCAUGGAGGACCUCCAACAAUUUCUGAACAGGACAUAGGUGAAAAAAGCAGAGAUAUGGGCCCAAACAUUAAUACAAGCAAAACAAAGUUCCUAAUAAUAACCCGAGAACCGGACAGUUUUAAAAGCGCCACCUUGAGAUGGGGAGAAGCGCCGGUAGAGAGAGAGUGAACAGAUACCUGGGGACAUGGCUCUGUGCGGAAUGGAUAACAUACAGAAAUAAAAUCACGCAUAGAAAUGGCACGAGGAGCAGUUAUAAACUUUAAGAAGGUAUUUACGUAUACAGAUUUUGACCUGGACCUUAGAAUUAUGCUGCAAUUCUAAACAAAAUCGUAAGACUCGUAACUUGUUCUCGUAAGACUCGUAAGGACUUACGGCGUCGACUACAAUUCUAUGUAUAUCGUAAGACGUACGAUGACUCGUAAAUAUCAUCUACGAUUUCUCGUAAAUUUUAUGGCUAGCAAGAAGCUGUCUGUAAAAUUAUUGUUCUAAAGUUUAACUGUAACUUUGCUUUUUACGAUUGCUUCGUAAGCUACGAUUUUACGAUUUUACGAUUUAUUCAUAAAUUUGCUUAGAAUUGCACCAUUAGAUUCAUCAAAUGUCACGUUCAGUCGGUGCUCAUUUACGGCGUGGAAGGAUAAGCCCUGAAGGUGGCCGCGAUGAACAAGUUGGAGACCUUCGAGAUGCGGAUAUAUCGCAGGAUAUUAAAAAUACCGUGGACAGGAAAAAUAGCUGACAGAAGUCCUGAGAAGAGUGGGGAGAGAUCGUGAGCGGCUGAGAGUAGUGAGGAAAAGGACGACAGCGUAUCUGGGGCAUGUCAUGCGUGGCGAACAAUACCGACUCUUGCAACUGAUAAUUGAAGGCAAGAUAGAGGGAAGGAGAGGAUUAGGACGAGAGAAAAUGUCAUGGCUACGUAACAUCAGGCACUGGUCCGGAAUUGCGAGUGUGGGAAAUCUAAUACACACGGCUAGGAAUAGACAAAGAAUGGAGAAUGUGGUCGCAAAUAUCCAUUAAUGGAUGUGCACUGGAAGAAGAAAAAGAGAAAGAUUUCUUGACUACAAGAUAGAAUGUUUCUAGACGCGGAGGGCACGUUGUAGAUUAGGCUCAAGUUUCAAACUGUCUCGAGAUUAUGUAAAGUAAACGUUCCUCUGUUUCCCGAUAGGUGCAUGGCCUGAGGGGCGGGGGAUCACUGUUGCCUGCGAAGGUAGAAAUGGCACAUGGUGUGCCCAGAGGAUGGCCGAUAGAUGGAUGGACCUGUUAUCGAAUCGACUAGACGAUGAAUGGUGGUUACUGGCAGGUCGAACGGUAGGAUACGACGGCAGGCAGGAAGGAGUAAACGAGCGAGCGCACCUAAGUGAUGAGCGAGACUCGGCAUUAUCCUAUUCGCUCGGUCUCGGACUUAUACGCAGCCGAGGAAAUAGAGGUGCUUCUUUUAGAAGAGAUACGCGAUCUGGAGCCACCACCUGCCAUAUAUUCUAAACCCGAAGACAUUCAAGACUUCGAGAUUGCAGGCAGUAGGACAGGGGGGCGAAUCAGCUCCCAAUCGUCAGAGCUGGAUUCACCAGGGGUGCACUCGACAGUCCACUCUUGGGAUUCGCAUGCUAAUUAUCAUGGUCACUAUGGUAAUAGUGACCAUAGACCUGGCUCAUCGAACGCCAUGCCUUGGUCUCGCGCAAGCCACGUGGUUAUUUACUGCGACAUACAAGGACACCUUAAGACACCCACGGGUGUCGUUAGACUUUUAUUACUCAUAUCCUCUGCAGCUUGUUUGGCAACUUUGUGCAGUUCUGGCACUGCCAAGGUCAGCAUCUUUAUGCUGCCUUUAGCAGAUCGUUUACGAUUCAUGAUCUUUGUAGCUGUUUUCUGUUUCUUGGUCACUGCAGCCCUUCUCUUCCUUGAUAUUUCGCAUGUCAUUUACAUCCUUCCUUUAAAUUGGGCCAAGCUGAAUGCUCUAGUAUUCACUGGCAUAGGCUUGUCAUAUGCUGCGAGUAGCGCGUUACUAGCAUGUACAGUAUGGGAAUACCACAGUGGAGGUUGGGUAUCGAAACGCACACGUUCUCAACUGACUGCUGCAGCGGUAGUGGGACUUUUCUGUGCUCUCUUAGCGUUUUUACUAUCCUGGAUACAUUGUCGUAGUGGAUCAAGUUGUAAAGGUCAAGAUUCUCGUAGUCACACCCCGACGCAACUUUACAAACCCGUUGACAAUUCUUCUUCCUCUGGGGUCACUUUGAAGGAACGUAGUCCUAAGAGACCGGCUUCGUGGACCGUGAAAAAUCAGCAGUCGAAGAAACGCAACGCGGACAGUGACACGAACACUAGUAACGGUGGCCAUCGCGGUAGCAUUCACGAGAAAUUCAAGCAGGGCUCCAACAGAAAGGACCACUGGGCCACGGCCAAGCAACAUAUUUUAGAAACUCAUACGAAUAACGAAGACACUCAACGGGAGGAUACUGAGAUUGAGAGGAGACGGAGAAGACGAAGGAAAGAGGGUGACAGUAGUUCGACUGGGGACGGGAACGCGCCCGGCAGUAGUAAAGUCGAUGCUAGCCGCGUUACCACCGAGGAAGCCAAGACUAGGCGAGUGCCGCGAAAGUUACCUCUACAGUCCGCAGUGGAGCAAUCCCAGUCGUGGUCCGACGCCGAACGUAGGAAUAGUGGUACUGCGCAAAUUAAAAGUAAAACUAGGCGAACGCCAGUGAACAAUGACGCACAGAAUUGUUGUGAAAUGAACGAGGCCAGAUCGAUGAAUCGAGUGACUCGAAACGGCCUCCGAAAUUGGGAGGCGGAAUGUACGUCUAGCAACGGUAUAGAAGAAACUACUGAUGCGAAUGCGAUUCGUAAUGCCAUGUGGCCCGGACAGUGGCGCCCACCACCAGAUGAUGUUCAACCUUGUUCUAGCAAAACUAUCGAUCCUUACAGCUUUGCCUGAACGUUUUGUGAAUCGUCUUGUACGAAAAUACGAAGCACACACAUACACACACACUUUAGGUAAAAAAAUUAACUUGUUCCACCUUGAGCAGUUUCUGCGAACAGUUUGUGACAUAAAGAAAUUUUUUACAUGCCAAGUACAUCUAUAUACUUUACGUUGAACUUUUUUUUUUAAUAAAUUGCAACAAUAGUUGAUGAUACUUGUAACUUAAUUGAAAAUUUGAUACUUUUGUUUUGUUUGCACAUAAACUCUACUUAAUUUUAACACAUUUGGUAUUCUGCAUUUGAUAAUGCAUAGUGAUUGAAAUAGGUAAUUGUAUUUUACACGAAUCUGUAUUUUCAACUAUCGAUGAAGACGGAUGUAACUUAAAAUGUUAACGUAAAUUAUAUAGAUUGCUAUAUUUCGUAUAUGCAAUAGGUGAAAAAGAUUGUAGCCCGGACUUAUAAAGUUUGUCGCUAUCGGAACUUUUACAGGACAAAAUUGUGUCCAAAGAUUUAAAGUCUUGUAUAAAAUUAUUGCUGCCUUGUACAUUUUGCUGCCAAGAGGAUAGGUUCUCUUUAGUUGUUCGGGUCCUGACGUUUUGCAUCACACAAAACCAGACUGCCCAACUUUGAUAAGCAAAUAAUGCCACUUCAUUCCAAUCAUGUACCAAAUAAUAAAUCUAAAGUAAGUUUUAAUGGGAUUUUGUAAGUAUAAGACCACUAUAUAGCACGUAACACUAAUAUAUAUUUGACUAAUUAUUUCUAUCAUAUUUUGAUGCCAACAUAUUUUGAGCUCCAUGCAUACUUGGAAAAGCAUUUAGCGCGUGCAGGGAGAAAUUGCCUAUUGUUUAAGAUGAAAGUGUAUAUAUUAAACCUUGAAAGGAUUAUAUGCAUAUAUAGUAAAAUACAGCUAGACCGAUCUUUCUAUCAAUCCUAUAUACAAAGAACGGCAGUUGCAAUUGCAAGUCGCGACUCUAAUUUCCCUAUUUAUUCUUAAAUUUAUAUGCAAUUGCAUUUUUUAAAUACAAGCACGUUUCUUUAUUCAAUUAAUAUAAUUAAACAUCUAGAUUUAUUUUAAAAUGCUUAAAACAUUAAUGCGAUUAUAAGCAAAGCAUGGUAAAAUUAAAAUUAACGUUACAAACGCUUGAAAACGAUGCUUUUAAUAAAAUGCUUUUGAUAAAAAAAUAAUUAUACGCAAAAUUAGAAUAAUUUUUUGCGUUCCUCGGUUUAAGAUUUAAUUAAGCUAUUAUCGGAUAGCUUAUUACUAAUCAGCAACAUAAUAUUAAAAUCACGAUAAUAUUUUAUUUUGCAAUGACAAUACCUUUAUAUGUAUAUUUCACACAAUGGCCUUAUAGAAUUUUAAAUUUUUAUUAAAGCACGUUUUGAGAGGUAUGCUAAAAGUAAUUCCAUAUAGAGAGACUUUUUUAUUGACUCGUAAUAAAAUUAUAAGACUUAAUCAGUAUUCUUUGCAUUGGAAGAUCGGUUUGGCAUUAGUUCCCGUAUGAACUGAACAGUAUGCGUGGAACGAUUAUUCAUUGUAUUAUUCCAAUUAGCUCACACUCUGAAAUGUGCUCAUUAUAUUACAAAAGUGUCAUUCUUGCACAAGGACGGAUUUACUUAAAUCACAUAAGUUUUAUUUGAAUUACACCCUAAUUAAUACUAAUAAUUUUGAGAAAUAAUGUCAAUAAUUGGUUGUUUCUUAUCAAAUCUUAAUUGAAUAUUUUCACAUAUAUCAACACAGAAACCGAUAGAUUUUUGCCGAUUAAUUUAAGAUUGAUUUUAAAGAAGAAUAAUCCGUCCCUGUUCCUGUACGCAUCAUUUAUACAAGUCUUACGUAGUUUUAAAAUUAUUAGAAGAACAGUAUUAUUGUAUUAAUUGUAUUGUCCCUUUAGUUUAAUGAGAAAGUCUAGUCACCUCUAGUCAGGCACUUUUUUGUACAAUUAUACAAUUGAUAAUCCAUCAAAUUAAAGAGCAAAAUAUUUUUUAGUACAUACAUAUCGUGUUAGAAGUACAAUUCAUCUUAGAAGAAAACUGUUGAGCACUUGUUUUCCGAUUCAUAAUUCCGUUGAAUCUCUUAAUAUAUAAUAGCAUCACAUAGUCUUCAGAAUUUCUAUGAUAUCUCGUUUUCUCCUUCGUUUAAUGUAUCACGACCAUUAUACGAGCGAAUAAAUAUAAAAACAUAUUAGCUAAAUCUUGAGUAAGACAACUAUUUUGUCUGACAACAGCUAUUUUGUCUUUUGAUACGAUGCCGCGAGUAUAAACACAAAUAAAUUACACAUUUAUCGAACUUUGAUGCGUCGACCUUAAAUCAAUUAAUAGUGUAAGAGAAAUGCGUGUUCAUAUAGAUUCAUAAAGAGAAAUAGCGUAUAAUACAGCAGCUUCGUUGUGGCAAAUAUCGAUAGUGUUAUAAUUAUUGGACACAGUAAGAAAUGAUAAGUAACUCUUCUGUAUAUGAUUCAUUCUUGGUACACUGAGAGUUGAAAAAGUAUGAUUGUCUCGAAAUAAAUAAUGUUACGUGAGAACAAAGGUCUAUCCAGACAAACUUGCAUAGGUGCAUUUUCUUAUGCAUAUGCAUGACAAAAAGGUUUAGUCCUUGCGUGUGCUUGUGGACCAAUCAAUUUUCUUAUGCAUGUGUUUAUACGCUGUGCAAAUUUUCCUGGAUAUACCCUAAUUGAAUAAAAUGUCACCUGGCGUAAAAAGGCAAUUAACUUUGAGCUAAAUCAAAGUGUACAAACACUGCCAGAGAAAAUAUAACGCUCUUUAAAUAUAAUGUAUAAUAUCGAUUAAGUUCUCGUAAUGACUUUACAUUCGAGGCUUGUAAUUUUAUGAUUUGUAAUUCGAAUUUGCAUAGUUUCGUGUCAUUUUAUUUCACGUUCCAUAUUGCUAUGGUUGUAAUAAUAACAGAUCUUUUAAUGCUAAUUCUCAAAUUUCUCAACAAAAUUAAAAAAAACAACGUCAUUUGUUAAACAAUACUAUCAAAUGAUGGAGGCACAGCUGAUGGAUUAAAGUCAUUAUUACUACUAAAGAUUAAACUGUAACUUGACUUCGAUACUCGCAACAAUUAUUUGCUUCAACGAAGUUAAUAUAAUAAAUAGCAGUAUGUUUGUGAUACAUGAGAAGCACUGUUUCUUUAGAAUUUGUAUGAAUAAAUUAUCAUCCAGGCAAUAAAUUUCGAUUACGAUUAAUAGACGCAGAUUUCUUUAUUAAGUUUUACAAUGAAUUUGUAGUGAUAGCAUGACAAUCCAGAUCUGUACAUGACCUGAGUCCUUUAAAAAUUAGGCGAACUAAAAGGAAUCGAUAGGAAAAGUCAUUGCGGUUAAUACAGGUAUUUUAAUAAACAUUUUAAAUUAAUUAAAAACUAUAUUUAUCGUAAUGUCGAAAAUUAGAAGUUUAAUUGCACAAAAUAAAUUCCUGUCAAUUUGUUUUAAUUCUCCUAGCUGAAUAAUUUAACUGGCCUAAUUCCUCAUUCGCUGAACGAUAGACACACAUGUAACGCGUUACAUGUCCGUAAUACAAAGUGUUCGUCUCGUUUGAAUAUUUCUAAUGUGUUUUAAUAUUUAUGUGAAUGUAUUCGGAUAUUGAUAUAUAAUAUAUAUAUAUACAUAACAUAUAGCGUCAUUGUAUUUAUAUAUUUAGUUACAUGUGAAUGAAUAAUGUGAUGCUGCCAAUAAUUAUAAUAAACAUCAAACUGUAACGACAUAUUGUGGGAUUGUUAGGCGAAUCGUGAGUCAAAUGUCUUUGCAGAAAGUCUGAAAAUGAAUAUGAAUAAGUACGACGGCUGGACAGAUUACCAAGUAUGACGUAGAUAUCGUACGACAAAAGUGGUCUUGGCGAUUUGUCGAGCUGAUAGCGAACGAUCUGGACAAUAAAUGAUUCAUGAGUCACAUAACACCUAAGUUGUAGCAUUAUCACGUAUUCUUUUAAAUGUCAUUUUGUACAUCUAGGAGUAAAUGAACGACGAGUAUUAUACACUAUUGACUGUGCGGAGUUGUGCGUGUGAUUGUGUAUGCUACUUAACAAUAUAUCACAAAUCUAGUCAGAGUGAA